GUGAUGCCAGGGUUAAUUCUGAGGAGGUUAAGAUUGCUCAGCAGACUUCGUUCCCUCCAGCCAAACUCUGCUAUGUGUCAUCUGCCUCAAGAAGAACAAUGAAGCUGAUGAUCCUCUUGCUCACGCUUGGGCUCCUGGCAGGGGCCCAGGCCAGAUCUCUCUUCCGAGAUGCACCAAAGACAAAAUGGGAGACUGCCCUGGAUAGUUUCUGGCUAACAGUCAACAAAAUGGAGGAGGCAGCUGAUGAGGCGAGAGCCAAAAUGAAGGAUUCACCAAUCAGUAAAGAGCUGGAUGGCCUUAUCAAAGACACAAUGGAAGAACUGAGCAUUUAUGCAGAAGACAUGAAAAGUAAGGUGAGCCCCAUGGCCCAGGAUGCACAGCAGCGCUUUACUGAGGAGGUAUCUGCCCUGGCUGAUAAGCUCAAGUCUGACAUGGAGGAUACAAAGAACAAAGCCAUUCAGUACUCAGGAGACCUGCGCAUGAUGUUUGAUCAGAACAUUGAGGAUGUCCAAGGCAAGGUGAACAUGUACAUGAAGAAACUGAAGAAACGGCUGAGUAAAGACAGUGAGGAUUUAAAAAAGAAGCUCAGCCAAUAUGGAGAAGAUUUCCGUAAGAGUACUGAAGACAAAGUGGAAAAUCUCCGUAAAGCCGUGGAGCCUUAUUUGUCCAACGUGAAAGAUAAAGGGCAGCAGAGGCUGAUGAACCUGAAGGAUGCCAUAGAUGAGCAAGGGAAACAACUCAGAGACCGGUUUGUCUCUGUUGCCAAAGACGCCCAAGCUAAAAUGAAGAAGACAGCCUCUGAUGUGAAAAGCAGUGUGGAUAAACUAGGGGAACAGUUCCGUAAAUGGUUCAACCCCAAUGUAGAGAGCCUGCGCAAUCAGCUUCAAGCCUUGGCUAAGAGCCUGCAGACCAAGGCCAACAAAUAAAUGAAAGAACCAGUGUUUUUCCUUGCUUCUCACUUGCAGCUGCUACUUUUGACCAUAAGAUUGCGCCCUGAGGUGGAGCAGGACAUUAAGGAUCCAACAUGCCUAAACAUCUUGCCUUUCCCUGUUUGUAUCUGAGGUACAUCACCCAGUGAUUAUACUGCUCACCUAGGCAAGCUCAUUAAUCAGAUCUCUGACAUUAAUGACAAGCACAAAUUAGAGGUGAACGAUGUAAAGCCAAAGGGAACUUCAGUAUUAAAGGCACAUUUAACCUAAGGGCAAGCCUUAAAUUAUAGCACUAAACUAUCCCCAGCAUAUUCUCCUGCACUAAACAUGCCUUGUGUCCUACAGAUCUCCAGCUGACUGCCCUGCCUGAACAAGAACCUACAUACCUUAGGCAAGUUAAGAUUCACAGAAAAGCUAAGACAGAAAAGUAUAUGAGCCUCUACAUGUUAUAUUUUCCAUUUGGAACACAGGCCCCAAGGGCAAGCAGUAAACUAGGCCAUGCAAGGAAUCACUUGUACCAAACAGCUGGGGUCUUAAACAAGAGGGUUCAUGGAUGUCUGUAUCUCAACCUACUAAAUAUCCAUAUUGUAUCACCAGCUCUUGAAAAUGUAGGGCACCAUUAUGGGCAUUGCUGGUGUCUUUAUGUUUCUUAAUACACUCCCCUUUUUUAAACCUAAAAUAACGUUGUGCCUUCACUAGAUUUCUGCUGUAUGUGCUGCCUUACCUACUUUAUAAAGUGCCUCUCUGCUGUAAAAUAUAUGUCUAUUUCAAUGCAAUUUUUAUCCAAAUAAAAAAAAAUAAAAUACAUCUAAUUACUGUGGA